AUGUCCAGCUCGGAUGACCCGCCCGACUACCCUGUCAAUUCAGACUUGGUGAGGAGACUGAAGGCCGCCCUGGACGCCAACGAUGAGGGUUCACUGAGGGAGCUGAUCGGCAGGGAGGUGGAGCCAGUGGACGCGGUCAUCGAGCUGGCCAACGACGACUGGAUGAAGGACCCCUCGGCGCAGCUGCCGUCUGGCGUGCUGCUAGGAGACCUGGACCAUAUUCAGCCUCUCAUGGACCAGUUCUUCCAGGAUGCCAACAUAGUAUUUGAGAUCAGCAAGGAUGAGAUGGAGUGGCAGGUGAAAUCCCCAGCUACGUUUGGGCUGUCAGGCCUCUGGACCCUGGAGUACAAGCGGGAGCUCACCACGCCCCUGUGCAUCGCAGCAGCCCAUGGCCACACGGCCUGCGUGCGACACCUGCUCUCCCGCGGCGCUCACCCCGACGCCAGCCCUGGAGGCCGCGGGCCCCUGCAUGAGGCCUGCCUCGGGGACCACACGGCCUGCGCCCGGCUGCUACUACAGCACGGGGCCGACCCGGACCUUCCCAGCUCCGAGGGCUUGGCGCCCCUGCACCUGUGCCGCACGACCGCCUCGCUCGGGUGCGCGCAGGCGCUGCUGGAGCAUGGUGCCUCGGUGCAGCUCCCAGGCGGCGCGGGCCGGGACACGCCGCUGCACGUGGCAGCGCAGCACGGCCUGGACGAGCACGCACACCUCUACCUAGGCCACGGGGCGUGCGUGGACGCGAGGAACCGCCGCGGCGAGACGGCCCUGAGCUUGGCCUGCGGGGCGGCGCGGAAGCCUGACGAGCACGCGCGCUGCCUGCGCCUGUGCGCGCUGCUACUGCAGCGCGGCGCGGCGGCGGACGCGCGCGACGAGGACGAGCGCAGCCCGCUGCACAAGGCCUGCGGCCACGCGCGCCACAGCCUGGCGCGCCUCCUGCUGCGGUACGGCGCGGACGCGGGCGCGCUGGACUACGGCGGAGCCUCGCCGCUGGCCCGCGUGCUGCAGACGGCCGCCUGCGCGCCCCAGGCCGCGCCGCAGCUCACGGUGCAGACGCUGCUCAACCACGGCUCCCCCACUGUGUGGCCCGACGCCUUUCCCAAGGUGCUGAGGACCUGCGCGCCAGCCCCGGGCGUGAUCGAGGUUCUUUUCAACUCCUACGCUCAGCUGCACGUGUCCGAGUCCUGGAAGGAGAUGAUUCCUGAGGAAGUGUAUCAGAUGCACGAGCCUUUCUACCAGUCUUUCUUCGCCUUGGCCCACACCCCGCGCUGCCUGCAGCAUCUUUGCCGCUGUGCCAUUCGCAGAUGGUCUGGAAAAAACUGCUUUCACCUCAUACCCCUGCUGCCCUUGCCCAAGUCCCUGCAAGAUUACCUACUUUUGGAGCCAGAGGGUGUUUUGCACUGA